AUGACGGCGGACUUCGUUGGCACUGCUGUACGGGCUGUUAUUCCAGGCGAUGCCCUCUAUAGUAUAAAAAUCGGUGAUUUCAAGGAGAAGGUUACGAGUGUGGACGUGGAGUUUAUGAAUUACGGGAUACAUCCGCGCUGCUCGAGUAGGAUACGUCUUUUAACCGAGGAGACUGACUCGACUAGCAAUAAAACAGCAAAAGUUGUUGAAGUUUUGAACCACGACGGCACGUUCACAUAUCAAGUUCCCUUCAUUGGAGCUAUUGUUACAGCGAAAGUUGUGGAAAUCAGUGACAAGAACGCAAAGUGUACAGUGUUUCGUAUUGAAGACACCGACUUGCAACAAGGACUCUCAUUCAGCGCGGUUAUACGAAAAGAAGAUAUGCGAACAGAUGUUAAAUUAGACCAGUUCAAAGUGCGGGAUUGCAUGCUUCCUGGAGAUUACGUGAUAGCAAGUGUCAUUUCAACAGGAGACUCGCAUUAUUUGUUGUCAAUAGCGGAUAGUAGAUUAGGUGUUGUUGCUGUUAAAAGCCCCAAUAAGAAUCUGUGGUUGCCACCAAUGGAUCUCGUAAGAUAG